AUGCAUCGAUGUAUUCCUUUUGUGUUGCUGCUGCUGAUGAUGACAGCAAUGGCACCGAGAAACAUUAUGGCCGACGACAAAGAAGUACAUUAUUCGGUGGUAGCUUUCCCUGACAAUGGCCAAUCGGUGGGCGUAAUGAUUGAACAUACCGGCAAUGGUGAUGAUGGAAAGGUGUAUGCUCUUACCGCAAGUGAGCAAUACCCUCAUGUAUAUAGUGGAAUGGCUCCUUUUAGUCAAGUCUAUCAGUAUGCGUUGACGGAUGCUACCUCGGGAUCCGUGGUGGAACUUGAGUCUGAAAAACGAUCCUUAUCGCAAGGGGCAUCAUCCACAGGCAACGAGUUUUUUGGCCGAGCACCUACCGUAUACAGCGUACCUGAACUCCCACAAGCAUUUCAUCCUGUUUAUCCUCCAUUAUUUACCAACAUGAAUCAAUCCAAUGAAGUUGCAACCAUCUUGCUGGAUUUGGAACAAGCUGAAUUGGAUACCAUCCUUGCCAAUCCCCAUGCAAAGCAUAAAGAUGCCCACGUGCACAAGAUGACUUUUAUCAGCAACAGCGAAAUCCACACGUUCACCAAUGCAAAGUUGGAUAACAGCGGCCAAUCCACCAAGAAUUUCAAUCGACAAUCAUUCGAAAUCAGCCUAGAGAAGCCCCAGCUAUUGUUUGGCCGAAGGGAUUUUAAGCUGCGUGCAGAGCAAACCGAUUCCUCCUUUAUGCGUGAAAAAUUAGUGCUUGACAUGUUGGCUGCCACAGGAGCAGCAGCCUUAUCUGCUAGUUGGGUGCGUGUCUUUGUUAACGGUGAGCCUUUGGGUCUCUUUGUGUUGACGGAUGAUGCCUCCACACACAUGGUGGAUAACCUUUUACAUGGCGGUGAUUGGGCUUAUCCAUACUCAGCUUGGUUAUACAAGGGCAACAGCAUUGAUGAAAAGCAUACAGCCAACCUUGCCUAUCUGGGAGAUGAAUUAUCCAAGUAUCCAAAGGACAUUUACAAGCUCAAGGACAAGGGCGAAGCCAAGCACAAGUUGGGCAAGGAGAAUGCGUCACUCCCCCUUGUUGAAUUCAUUCGCAACCUGAAUGCCAUUGAUCCAGCCAAGAUUACUGAUGAAGAGAGCGGCAAAGAGCUAGCCAAGCUGAUCGAUCCCAAGCACACCAUGUACCAUUUAGCAUUAUCAUUCUUGACUGGAAGUUGGGAUGGCUUAUGGUAUCAAGCAAGCAACUACUACUUGACACAAGACCUGCAGAAUGGCCAGUGGGCUGUGAUCACCUAUGACUUUGAUGAGACCUUGGGCAAUGGUGUUGAGCAAAAGGGUCUGGCCACAGUACCUUAUGACGAGUAUGGACCACGUGGCGGCGAUGGCAACAAACGUGUCCUUGUGGAUAUGAUACUUGAUUCGCCUUAUUAUCGUGCCGAAUUUGAACGCAUCCUCACGACCAUCGUCAAGCGUUAUUUCAAAUCGAGUGUGGUGGUACCAAGGCUCAAAGUGUGGAUGCAAAUGCUGGAAAAAGAUAUCGCAUGGGAUCGAUCCUUGGAACCCCAGUCGCCAGGUGACAAAGUCGAAUGGACUGCAAAUGAUGUUGAAUCAGGUGCAUUGGGUACGGGUAACGGUGCCAAAGGUGAAUCGGAUCUCAGUGUCAGUAUUGCUGAGUGGGUGGAGACACGUUCAAAAGCACUUUGCAAGCAAUUGGGUAUCAAUGAUACAGAUGAUCUUCCACCCCUGGGUCCCUAUCAUGGAGGUCGUCAAAUGGAUGGAGCAGGCCAUGUUACGGAUCGUUCAGCUAUCACGCCAGCUUCUUCAGAUUCAUCCCUUUCUUCUUCUGCCAACAACAACAGCAACAAGGAUAGCACCAACAAUGAAAGUGAUGGAGACGAUGCCAAUGUACGUGCACUGAGUGCUGAGCAAGGUACCACCAAUGACGCUGGAUCUUCAGCCAUCUUCCCCAUGUCGUCGUCGUAUUUGCCAAGCCUUUUGGUUACAUUCAUAGUCUACCACUACUCCUACUACUAG